AUGAGUGUUGUGUAUGAUGUUCUGACUGGUAGGGAUCAUCCUGUGGAUUGGAGAGCUAUCUUUCGUAGGAAUGUUGUAAGACCCAGAGCUUCCUUCACAACUUGGCUAGUGUGUCACGGUAGGCUAGCUACAAAAGAUAGAUUGAAGAAGUUCAACAUGAUUAGAGACAGCAAAUGCAGUUUUUGUCUGGCUGAGGAGGAAAGUAUAACACACCUAUUCUUUGCUUGCAGGUACACAAAUGAGAUAUGGAAGCAAAUCCUUGAUUGGAUUAAUGUGAUCCAUAUGCCUCUGCCGUGGAUUGAAGAGAUAAACCGGAUAAAGGAGUAUGUUGCAAAAAAAGGUUGGAAAGCUAGCCUUCUUAAAUUGGCCUUCACUGAGACUCUGUAUGGAAUUUGGCUCAGAAGAAAUGAUGUGGUUUUCGGACAUAAUACUCAUACUGAUAUAGUGAAUAACAUCCUAGAUUGUAUAGUUUAUAGAGGAUGA